AUGAAUAUUCCACCCGAUGGGAAUGACAAAGAACAAUCUCCAGCUCAGGGAACUAGCAUACCAAUCACGACCGAUACCCCUUGUUCAACCCUUCCCCCGCUUCCCCCAAAGGAAACUUAUAUCACUGGAACUGGAAGGACUAGGUCAGUUGUAUGGCAACAUUUCAAAAAAUUCAUAGUUGAUGGGAAGGAAAAGGCGGAGUGUAAUUACUAUCAUCGGCAGCUAUUCGGUGGUUCUAAAAAUGGAACAAGGCAUUUGCAUGAUCAUUAUAAAAUUUCUGCAAGGCAAAAGAAUCAAGAUGUAUCACAAAUGAUGCUUGCGGGGAUGCAAAAACAAGAUUCCAUAAAGACAUUAAGCAAUUACCAUUUAGAUCAACAUGCAGGGAGAGAUGAUUUUGCUAAUAUGAUUAUUCUUCAUGAGUAUCCGUUGAGCAUGGUUGACGAUUUGGGGUUUAGAAAAUUCUGCAACACUAUUUCACCCUCCUUCAAUAUUGUCUCUAGGAGAACUAUUAAGAGAGACAUUAUGAAGAUGUAUGAAGUUGAGAAAGAGAAGUCCAUGAAAAUGUUAAGCAAGAACCAGAGUAGAGUUGCCAUCACUACUGAUUUAUGGACUGCCAGCAACCAGAACAAAGGAUGUAUGACCAUCACAGUGCACUUUAUUAAUGAUAAUUGGGUAUUGCAUAAUCAACUUUUAAGGUUUGUACAUGUGCGUUGCCCACAUACUAGAGAUGUGCUUUCUACGGUGUUGAUGGACUGCUUUUCUGAGUGGAACAUUGAUUCAAAGCUGUCUGCAUUGACGGUUAACAAUUGCUCCACCAAUGAUGCAGUUGUCCAAGAUAUUUUAGGUGAGCUUCAACGUUCCACCCUUAUCAAUAUCCAAAAUCGUGAAACUGUUUCCUAUUGGAUGGCAUCGCCUAAAAGGGAGCAAAAAUUUGUGGAAAUGGCACGUCAUGCAGGCAUUCCAAGCACAAAGAAGCCAGGUCUUGAUUGUAAGACACGUUGUAAUUCAACGUAUUUGAUGCUUCAAACAGCUUUCAUUUAUAAAGGGGUAUUUAGGCGUUUAGAGUUUCAAGAUCCAAAUUAUAGAUGUUUACCAAGUGAUGAAGAAUGGGAGUUUGUAGAAAAUAUCAAUGAGAAGCUAGAAAUAUUUUAUGAUACCACACUUGUAUUCUUUGCAACAGAAAAACCCAUUGCCAAUUCUUAUUUUCCAAAGAUUUGUGAAAUUAGACUUCGUGUGACUAAAAUGCUAACAGAUGAGGAUGAUUUGGUGAGGAAGAUGGCAACUCAGAUGGAUGAAAAGUUAAAAAAGUAUUGGAGUGUGAUUAAUGGUGUCAUGGGGAUUGUAAUGGUUUUAGACCCUAGGUUUAAAAUGAAGUUGUUAGAUUUCUUUUUUCCUUUGCUUUAUGGAGAGGAUGGUGUAGAUGAGAUUAUGAGGAUUCGGAGAUUAUGUAAUGAUUUGUAUGUUUAG